AAAAUUCGCCUGGACCAUUUCAUGAUUUCAUGGGUUUUGGAAACAACAAAAUCUUCGAACAUGUUGAAUAAAAUCGUGUUUUAGACUAAAUAUUUGUUUUCAUCUGUAUAUAUAGAUCAACAGUAACAUUUUCACUUGUUUUCUGUCCAGUUCAUGUUGGUACAGAUUCCAAAGCUGAGGGUUAGAUUGCAUGCUCAACCAAUCGGAGUGAAGUUGCUUCAUAAUGUCACCGUCCGGGCCUGGGCAGAACGUGGCCAAUGCCAUCAUCCCGGGCAGCGUCCGUUACUACUGGGGUCGCAUACCUCGAGAAGACGCAGAGCGCAUCCUGAGGAUGAAAGGGAAUGGUUUGACAGAAGGAAUGUUCCUAUUGAGGGAAAGCUCGUCCAAGUUUGGCAACUUCGCUGUCUCUCUCUGCCAUGACAACAGAGUCCAUCACUACAGUAUUGAAAGAGAUAGUGAUGGGAUGGUUUGGAUCCCUGGAGGGAAGAAAUUCAUCGGUCCGGUGGAACUUGUGCGCUAUCACUCGGAAUUCAUUGCCGGCUUCCUGACUCGUCCAUCUGCACCCUGUAAUAGAGGUCCUGGGGAGAUACCAAUGGUGUUCAAAGGUGUUCCUAUGUACGAGAUGGAACAAAAAGUUAUCGAGCUGAUGAAAUCUCGCAGAAUCAAAGGACAAGAUUUAGAAUAUGCACUUGGUCGAGACCGUGCCAAGUAUUUAUCAGAAGUGGCCAAGCAGUUGCACUUGGGGCAACCUUGGUACCAUGGAGUGAUUGACAGACCCGAGGCAGAGCGCCGCCUCACAGCUGGCACAGGACACAAAAAUGGAAAGUUUCUUGUAAGACAACGGGGCGAGAAAUCGUAUGCCUUAACCUUGAGCUAUGAAGGACAGUGCGUUCACUACUUGAUUGACCUAUCUAAACAUGGUCACUACACUAUUGAGAAUGGAACAAAGUUUAACAGCUUAAUGGAGAUGAUCGACGUUUUCCACAGUCGGUUGGAGGGACUCCGUUGUAAAUUAAAAUGUGCCUGUUAUCGUCCAGACUUCCAAGCAGGAGGUGCUGCAGCGGUGUCCGGAAUAUGGCAGGACAUGACCACUUAUCGUGAGGUCUGCAACAGAAGUAUUCCAGGGGCUAAUCUUAAACCAGCACCUGAGAUCGUCCCCAACAAACAUCCUGUAACCCGCCCAGUUAUGGACCACGUUGAUGGAGAAUCCAUUUGGGAUGAACCAGACUUGCCUGAUGUGCCUCCUGAUACACCCCCUGCUGUGCCCACGGCCCCUCGACCAAACCGAGUCAAUGAAUACGACCCUUAUGAUAAGAAGAUAUACGAUGUAGUCCCCAGAGAUAAUGAAAUGAUGAAUCUACCCAGGAAGCAUCUCGAUCUCAAAGAGCCACUUGGUUCUGGUCAAUUUGGCGACGUAUUAAAGGGUUUUUAUUUGAGGAAGGGAAAAAACAUUCCAGUGGCGGUCAAAACGUUGAAGAGUGACACGGCUCAUCAAGGGGAGGGAGAAUUAAUGAAAGAAGCGAAACUUAUGCAGGGCAUGGAACACAAGCAUAUAGUUCGAAUGAUAGGUGUUUGUAAGGCAGAGAUGAUUAUGCUGGUGAUGGAACUUGCUCCACUUGGGCAGCUUAACAAAUACCUCAAGAAACAUCCUGAAGCUCCACAUGUGAACCUCAUUGAUUUACUCCACCAGAUCAGUAUGGGAAUGAAGUACUUGGAGGGUGUCGGCUUCGUCCAUCGCGAUCUCGCCGCAAGGAACGUGCUCUUGGUGGACCCACUCUUUGCCAAGAUCAGUGACUUUGGCAUGUCCAAGGCCUUGAAUAUAGGAAACGAUUAUUACAGGGCAACCAAUGUCGGGAAGUGGCCCCUGAAGUGGUAUGCCCCUGAGUGUAUCUACUAUUACAAGUUUGAUUCACGGUCAGAUGUUUGGAGUUAUGGCGUCACAAUGUGGGAGACAUUUAGUUACGGUGGAAAACCGUACAGGGGUAUGAAAGGGACUGCCAUCCUUGGGAUGAUUGAAGAGGGCGAGAGACUGCUGAAACCAGACCGAUGUCCUGACAAUGUCUACGAUGUCAUGAGGAAGUGUUGGACUUACAAACGAGAGGAGAGGCCCAACUUCACCCAAAUCGAAAAGUUGAUGGCAGAUUUACUUAAAUCGAUGAGAAAAGGCCAGAACAACCAAGGUGGUGCUUGGGGCGGUCGAUAACCACCAACAUGUGAGCAUCUCCGCUGAAUGCAACGUUUCUUUGCAUUCAUACACUGUGCAAUGUAACCUGGACUGUUUUCAGUGUUUGAUAGUUUUUCACACGCCUGUGAAUUAUUUUGAAAAAAAAGGUGAAUAUGAAGGGCUACUUAUUUUGUUGGUUUCCUGCAGGUGUUACAAUUGUUCUUGAAAACACGUUGUCUAAAUUUUUCCAGAUUUCACAAUCAUGUUCAAAAACAUGCCAUGUGGUGUGGAGUUCUCUUUGUCUCAGUUUAUGCCAAGGGGGUUGAAAUAUUCAAGGUAGAAAGACUGAAGAUGGCAAACCCUUUUUGUGACUUUCUGUGCAAGAUAAAAGAUGGCGUCCUCGUUGGUGGACAUGACAUGACUGCGAUCACCAAUUGUUACCACAGGUCGUAGGGAUUCCAAUUGCUUGUUUUUUGGGCACCAAAGUUUCCACCGCAUUGGGAACGGGGCUGUUAAUAUGAUUGUUUUCAUUUGAAUUCCAUGAGUGUAUACAUAUAAAGAGAGCUACUGUUGUAAGCUUCGGGUAUUAUUCAAGGCAUUAUUGUAUUAUACAACAUUUACUACUGGUGAUCUCAGUUAAUUCAAGAAUUUAUAACAUAUGGGUUAUAGCCCCGGAUAUAAAGAAAUCAUGAUACCGGUACUUAUUUCUUCAAACUUUACACCAAAAUGUUAAAGUUCGAUAUAAAUUGGGGAAAAUAUCAAUAGAUAUUUAUUUUAUAUUUCCUCGAUAUUUUUGAACUGAGUAUUUGGAAGGGUCAAAAACAAGCAGAACUCUCCACCUGAUUUUACAUUCUGAAAAUCAGCCCCACUCAGCUGAUCUCAGCGCACCAGGGUGUGCUUGCUUGCUUGCUUCAUAAGUAUGUAUGGGGCAAUAGACUGAUAGGUAUUGGACUUCAAUACACCCUCUAAAUGACUGCUGAUCUCUGUCUUGCAUGAAGAUAAAGCUGUGUUACCUAUUGUAAAAUGGCAGUGGACAUAUUUAUAUCUCUUAAAUAAUCUGAGGAACUUUUCAGUAUUAUUUUAUGUUAAUAUUUUGUGAUACUGCACAGUUUUAAUCACUUCACUACUUGUGCAACAUUAUUCGGUUGAGGACGGCUUUCUACAGCAUAUUUCACAGAGAUAUAACUUAGCUAUGUGUGUUUUGUCAUGCAUUGUGGGAUAUCGCCUCAUGAUGCAUCGUUCUGGUUUUGUGUUCUCCCGGAGCAUGCAUCAUCACGAGUUGGGCCAGAAUAUUAGUCUAACAUAGUGCAGUGGUAAAGACUGAUGUGAGGUACAUGCAGUGCAGUGGUAAAGACUGAUGUGAGGUACAUGCAGUGCAGUGGUAAAGACUGAUGUGAGGUACAUGCAGUGCAGUGGUAAAGACUGGUGUGAGGUACAUGCAGUGCAGUGGUAAAGACUGGUGUGACGGUUGUCAGCUUUUAUCAUGAUCACGAUCAGAUGUAGUCCUGUUUAUUUGCGAAUGUUCUUCUCUGUUUAUGUUCAACUUGUGGCAAGUAUUAUCUUAACUUUCUUGCUGCUAGUCGCGCUGACAGGCUUAUUAUACAUAAUACAGCAUGCUACAGUUGCUUGCACACUGGACAAUUAUACAACCAGAGGAAAUGUCUUACAUGUACAACUUUGGGGGAAGUUGAUUGGUUUACAUUGUUUUUUGAUCAAAAUUGCGUUAAAACGGUUGUGGUGCAGAUUUUGACUGCUUUUGGUCCAAAAUACGAUGUAAGUUUGUUUCACAUUAGUAAUCAGGACAGCUCUAAAUAGGACAGUAUCUGUUUAUCUUGAGGAUGCUCUUGAUAAAGAGGUUCUAUAGAAUGCAGCUUGAAAUGGGGAAAGCUGUGUUUAAUGUCAAUAUGUCCUGUUGAUAGAACAGUUCACAAUCCAAGAUAAUUUGUGAUUAUUCUCCAGGGAAACUUGUUAGGCCUUCUCAUACUAUCCUGGUGCAGCAUUCAAUGUAUAUAUGCUAAGCCUUCAUCUUAUUUAUAGUAGAAUAUAAACAGUCGAGCGGGAGGGGGGCAUUAUGUUCAAGGGUUGUGCGACUGUGGAAGAACGUCCCACUUGAAGAGAAAAGACUUACAUGUACUCUAACUGUAUUGUCAUGGCCUUAAUACAUGUACUCUAACUGUAUUGUCAUGGCCUUAAUACAUGUACUCUAACUGUAUUGUCAUGGCCUUAAUACAUGCACUCUAACUGUAUUGUCAUGGCCUUAAUACAUGCACUCUAACUGUAUUGUCAUGGCCUUAAUACAUGUACUCUAACUGUAUUGUCAUGGCCUUAAUACAUGUACUCUAACUGUAUUGUCAUGGCCUUAAUACAUGUACUCUAACUGUAUUGUCAUGGCCUUAAUACAUGUACUCUAACUGUAUUGUCAUGGCCUUAAUACAUGUACUCUAACUGUAUUGUCAUGGCCUUAAUACAUGUACUCUAACUGUAUUGUCAUGGCCUUAAUACAUGUACUCUAACUGUAUUGUCAUGGCCUUAAUACAUGUACUCUAACUGUAUUGUCAUGGCCUUAAUACAUGUACUCUAACUGUAUUGUCAUGGCCUUAAUACAUGCACUCUAACUGUAUUGUCAUGGCCUUAAUACAUGUACUCUAACUGUAUUGUCAUGGCCUUAAUACAUGUACUCUAACUGUAUUGUCAUGGCCUUAAUACAUGUACUCUAACUGUAUUGUCAUGGCCUUAAUACAUGCACUCUAACUGUAUUGUCAUGGCCUUAAUACAUGCACUCUAACUGUAUUGUCAUGGCCUUAAUACAUGUACUCUAACUGUAUUGUCAUGGCCUUAAUACAUGUACUCUAACUGUAUUGUCAUGGCCUUAAUACAUGUACUCUAACUGUAUUGUCAUGGCCUUAAUACAUGUACUCUAACUGUAUUGUCAUGGCCUUAAUACAUGUACUCUAACUGUAUUGUCAUGGCCUUGGUACUGGUGCUGCCAGUACAAAGUCACUACUUGUUUCUCAAGCUAUCUUUUAGUAAUCCACUGUAAGUAAACUCCCAUCGCAGUCCAGAUGUAUGGACACCGUUCCUAUAUUAUCCAAGUGUACAGUAGAAGUUAAUUCUAUGAGAAAUAAAUUUUAUAUAUUUUUACAUGA